AUGAGUUGCCAACCUUUUACUUCAGCUGAUGCCUUUAUACCUCUGAAUUCUGACUCCUCUGCGACGCUGCCUCUGAUCAUGCAUCACAGUGCUGCUGAAUGCCUACCAGUCUCCAAUCACGCCACCAAUGUGAUGUCCACAGUUGCCAGAAUCGAUUAUUUGAGUCUUAUUGAAAAUCCUAAAUGCUUGCCUACAUAUUUCUCGGUGACAACGUUGGGAAACACAGCAACAGGACUUCACUAUUCGGUUCCCUCCUGUCAUUAUGGAAACCAGGCCUCAACAUAUGGAGUGAUGGCAGGUAGCCUAACCCCGUGCCUUUAUAAGUUUCCUGAUCACACCUUGACUCAUGGAUUCCCUCCCAUGCACCAGCCUCUCCUGGCAGAGGACCCAACGGCUGCCGAGUUCAAGCAAGAACUACGACGGAAAAGUAAAUUGGUGGAAGAGCCAGUAGACAUGGAUUCUCCAGAAAUCAGAGAACUUGAAAAGUUUGCCAAUGAAUUUAAAGUGAGAAGAAUUAAGUUAGGCUACACCCAAACCAAUGUUGGCGAAGCUCUGGCAGCUGUGCACGGCUCUGAAUUCAGCCAAACAACGAUCUGCCGAUUUGAAAACCUGCAGCUCAGCUUUAAAAACGCCUGCAAACUAAAGGCAAUAUUAUCCAAAUGGUUAGAGGAAGCUGAGCAAGUAGGAGCUUUAUACAAUGAAAAAGUGGGAGCAAGUGAAAGAAAAAGGAAACGGAGGACUACUAUAAGUAUUGCAGCGAAAGAUGCUCUGGAGAGGCACUUUGGGGACCAGAACAAGCCGUCUUCUCAGGAGAUCAUGCGGAUGGCCGAGGAACUGAAUCUUGAAAAAGAAGUCGUAAGAGUUUGGUUCUGUAACCGGAGGCAGAGAGAAAAACGGGUGAAAACGAGUCUGAAUCAGAGUUUAUUUACUAUUUCUAAGGAGCAUCUUGAUUGCAGAUAA